AUGAGGAAUUUUAUCUAUAUAAUUCUCUGUCUCAGCACGUUACUAAGUCACGAUGAAGCGGCAAAAAUCUUAGCAGUAUUUCCGAUUCCUUCAAUCAGCCAUCAAGUGGUGUUUCGCCCUCUUACACAUGAACUAGCAAAACGAGGUCAUGAGGUCACCGUCAUCACAACAGAUCCUGCCUUCCCUAAAGGAACAGCUCCAGCAAAUUUGACAGAAAUCGACGUCCAUGACAUUUCCUAUGACUUAUGGAACAAAAUAUUCAUGGCUUCAACUAAAGGGAAUAAGGACGAUGUGGUCAUGGUGAUGAGUGCUAUAAUGGAUGCCUUAGUUGCAAUAGUAGACGCUCAGUUAAAAGAUGAUAAAGUGCAAAAUUUGAUUCGUGAUAAAAGCAAACAUUUUGAUCUGUUGUUAUUAGAAGCCUGUGUGAGACCUGCUUUAGUGUAUUCUCAUAUUUAUAAAGCACCAGUGAUUCAAAUAAGUUCGUUGGGAGCGGCUUUGGAUAAUUAUGCUAACGUUGGUGCCUCAACACAUCCAUUUUUGUACCCGGCAGUGACAAGACAACGUCUGCAUAAUUUGACUCUGAUUGAGAAAAUCAAGGAACUGUAUUAUGAUUUUAUGAUCAACAAAAUGUAUGGCAAAACUAUGGUGAAAGAAAAUGAAAUGCUUAGGACGCAUUUUAGAGAUGUUCCACCAGUGACUGAAUUGAAUAAUAAUGUGGAUAUGUUGUUCCUGAAUGUGCAUCCAAUAUUUGAAGGGAUUCGUCCAGUGCCUCCAUCUGUAGUGUACAUGGGAGGUUUACAUCAAAAGCCAAAUAAACCAUUGCCUGAGGAACUCAAAUCAUAUAUGGAUUCUUCUAAAAAUGGAGUAAUAUACAUAAGUUUUGGCACAAAUGUAGAUCCUACUCAGCUACCAGCUGACAGGAUUGAAGUGCUCGUGAAGACACUAUCUCAGUUACCUUACGAUAUUCUAUGGAAAUGGAACGGUGAUGUUCUGCCUGGACGCACGGAUAAUAUUAGGAUCGCAAAAUGGCUGCCACAGCAGGAUUUACUUCACCAUCCGAAGCUCAAGCUGUUCAUCACGCAAGCUGGUUUACAGUCAACAGAUGAGGCCAUAUCAGCUGGAGUUCCUCUGAUUGCUAUCCCCAUGUUUGGAGACCAAUGGUACAAUUCAGAGAAAUACGAAUACUUCAAGAUUGGUAAGAAACUGUUCAUGGAAAGGCUGACUGUUGAAGAAUUUACUAAUGCUAUCAAAACUGUAAUUAAUGAUGAAAGCUACCGAAAGAACAUUGUGAAACUACGCAGUGUGAUGCGUGAUGAAAUUGAGACUCCUCUAGAGCGCGCCGUGUGGUGGACGGAGCACGUGCUGCGUCAUGGCGGCGCGAGACAUCUGCGCGGACCUGCAGCCAACAUGUCAUGGGCAGAGUACCUCGAACUAGAAUUAGUGUUCACCUUACUAUUAGGGGUUAUAACAGCAAUUGCAGUAUUAUAUGUAAUUCUAAGAUUUUUGUACAAAAUGGUUUCCACAAAUAAUACUAUUAAAAAGUCCAAACGUAGCUGA